AUGCUUCGCCGCUGUUGUCCUGCCACACUUCAUGUGGCGCCAAGCACCGCAAUGGUAGCUGGUGUUUUUGUCAACAACCAGAAGCGCUUUUUAAAAAUGGCAAAGUCCGCGUUUGGCUUCUAUUUGGCUCGCCGCGGGCAGCGGAAGUUUCCCUUUCUUCGCCGGCCACACAUCAAAAAUACUCACGCGAUGAACUUAAGCGCGCCGUACUUUUGGAGCUUUAUGACGGCAAAGAGUCAGACAUAUUUUUUGCCAGAGGAGAACUACAUAACAGGCGAUUGGACCGGAAAGUUUUUCGUAUCGAAACUGCAAGUGUACACCUUGCAGCACGCCACAAGCGGGUCAACGGUGAGGGUAAAGUCCUUUCCCUCUGUGUUUGAGCUUAGUAGUCCAUCAAGGUGGAACAUAGGGAAGGAGCUGAACACACUAACAAAACCUCGCAUGGACCUUAUCGACGAGCAGAUGUUAACAAAGAAGCAAAGAUUGGACUACGUCAAGGCAGGGUUGCUUCCCAAAUGA